AUGAUCGUAUCGGAGAUGUUGCCAGAGUUGCUGUUUUCGGUUGGUGGUAGUAUGCAAGACUUCUCCAAGGAAGAGUAUGGUCUUCUUGGAGCAAGUGUUGUAGGCAGCGAUAAAGAUCUUGGCUCGGGAUCCUCGUUGAUUAUCUCGGCAGGCCAAAGCCAGAACUAUAAUUUACACAUACAUCACAAUCAUCACCAAGGAUUGACACCUCAUAAUAACCAUCAUCAAGGUGCGAUCAGUGAAAAUGGGACCGUGUCGGUAGGCAACUCUUCGACGGUGUUAGCUGACGAUCUCAAAUUGGGUCAGCCCAGCGAUUUGUUGGAGCCGAACGACGGUAGUAAACUUGAGGAAACCGAUCGGGAUCUAUAUCCUUGGAGUACCACGAACAACGGAAGCAAAUUUUUACGCAGUUCAGAUGACCCACUCAUCUCUGGCGGGACCAACGACAAUCAGAACGAUAAUGAGCUCAGUGUUGCCACUGCUUCUCAGUCAAUGUGUUCAUCACCAACGCCACCACCCACUCAGAAACAUCGCAGCACCAUCGUUGUCCCUGCAUCAAUUCUUUCGCCUGAGCUAUCUGACAGACCGAUUUCACCUCUACCAACGACGAGAAAAAGCUCUACAACUACAUCCAAUCGGCGUGGGGCUGCAGCCGGUGGAGCGGGACGUCAACGACGUAAAGGGCCGCUUAAGCUACGGUUCCACCAUCAGGCUUUGCCACCGGAAUAUUUGGACCAUUAUGAGGCAACUCAGAACGCAACAGCCAGGCGGAAUCAACAACAGCAACAAAGCAACUGUGGCACCCGUUCCAGCAGAAUGGAGAGACACGUGGCUCAAGAACGUGAAGAUCAAACAAACGAAACGGUGAGAAAUUGGUUACAGAAAAUUUUGGAGCUUCAGAAAGAAGGCGUUUCGUUGGCGCCGGUUAAAGAUGAUAUCGAAGGUAGCGGAGAAUCUACGUCAAGAUGUGCUUCUAAUAAUCAGCAAAGCCCACGGAACAAGGUCAUCAGCUAUACGGACCUUCCGUAUAUGGGGGAGAUGACAUUAGACAAUUCCAAACCAAGGAGGGGCAGAAAACCAAAAAAAGCAGAUAUUUGUCAUUUGAUCUACAAAAAUUACGGAACUAUUCUUCCUGGAACUCCUAAAACGGAAAUUACGCAGGACAGAACCAAUAAUGGACACAGGACCCAAACAAGAAGUAGUAGUUUACUGGAGCGGAGGCUAAUGUCUUCUGAAAACGGUCUCACUGGAAACAUCAAAGGAAAGCGUGAAGAACCUUUAAAUCUAUGCGUUAGAGAUAGUGGCGGAGACCCACUUACUUUGUCAAGCUCGGAAGAUGAAAGUGAUGAUGUGUUUGACUCUGCCUGUCCAACACCGAUUAUCACACCUUCGGACGUUAACACUGAUCAAGCUCUUGCCGCAAACAUGAAAAUGUCACUGCCAAAUCUGAAUAGCGCAGAAAUAAGCACAUCAUCCAGCGGAGAUACUCCGUCGACUGCUGAAACCCCUCCCGGUUAUAUGUAUUGGCCAAAUAUGGGCAAUUUUAUUCAUCCCAUGGCACUAUACUAUCAAAAGCUGGUAGGUACUAACAGCACAGCUUCACCGGGACAGCCAAGUUUAUCGCCAACCUGCUCGGUUCCAAGCACUUCAACGGAAACACUACUUCCACAAACUUCUCCUAUUAACUCUACGCCACCUACAUCUCCAGCCACAACAAAACGCGAACAACAACAGACUUUAGUGCCCAAACCUAUUUCACAGCUGAUAAAACCAGAAAAAAUCGCAAAAAACACUUCAGACGCCUUACCGCCCAUCAACAAGAAUUCCCCUCCAGCUCAAAAGCGCAAACGAUCGGCCAUUUUUAUUCCUCCUGUUCCUGCGGAGAACAGCACAAACCCAGCGACUGAGGUAAGCAUUUGCAAGUUCAAGUUCACCGGUGGUGCCAAACCAUGUCUGCAGGAGAAAAAGAUGCUAAGCGUUGAUUCUGGCGGAAACUUUCGAUACUAUUCCGGAACCGGAGAUAAAUCAAUGCGAGGAUAUGAAUUCUUUCCCCGCGAAAGCCUGCAGCAGAGCAGUCUUCAUGCAACGACAACCACAGGAGCUUUCCUGAAUACACCACCGGUGGAAAAAAUUGCUUGCGAUCUACCACCCCCGUCGCUUGGUCUGAGCAAUGAGGUUUUACAGAUCCCAGACUUUCCGAGUGCCGCCAGCUUGAGCAGUUUGAUGUCACCCGGCGGGACGCUUAACAGGCACUCUUUUCAUUCGGAAUCUAGCGAGACACGCCGGGCACGACGGCGGUCACGUCGUUCAACUCAACGUGAAACUCUGGAGAAGACCUUCAAAGAGAAAGGGUUUCUCAUUCAGACCCAGCAGCUGCAAUCGGCUGAAGGUGCGACCUACUGUAAGUUUAGACAAUUACGUAAAUUCACUCGCUAUCUCUUCCGAAGCUGGAAAGACUAUCUUCCCGGAGAACUACAACAGGGAUCCGGGUCAGAGCAUCCUCACGAUGAGCUGUCCAUAAAUUCAUCCGUUCCCGACGACUUGCUGCUGGACUCCGAAAGUCCUCUACUGAUGGACAGCUCACCUAAUCCAUCUCCGACUUCAGCCGUGCUCAGCGAGCAGACACGUCACGAAAGAGCACAUUCGUCAUCGUCACGGUCGCCGGCUCAGAUGGAGAUGCCGUCGCGAUCACAUUCACAUCCUACCGCAGCCCUCUCACCACUGCCGACACUGACCAUUGAGCCAUCGUCGCUGUUGCAUUCCAACCAGCUUGCUACCAACCGGAGUCGAAACAGCUGA